AUGGGAAUGGCAGCAGCCGCUCUUCCCGAAGCAGUAGGAGGGAGUUUGGGCCUCCACCAUAGUUCUCCACAAAAGAGCAGCAGCCCCAGGACACCCAAGCCUGCGUAUAGGGUUUUGCUGCCUCUGCGCAGCCCCAACAAGUCACGUACUGUGGUUCCACCUAUGAAACCCAAGUCCUCCGGCUGUUCUCAUAUAUCAACUAAAAAGAAGAAGAAGAUGAGGAAGAGUGUUUCCUAUACCACUCCGGACUGCACCACUUCUGAUGUCCUGAACUUAAUGGAUGCCCUUUGCCUCCCCGUCUCUCCUGACAUGUACACUUCUUUUAUAAGAGAAUGCACCAGCUCUGCUCACUCCCAUCAAGCUGAUGAUCUGCAUGCCCAUAUCAGGCGAAGCGGCCUCCGGCAACCACCCUUAUCUUUACUGAAUCGCCUCCUCCUUAUGCAUGUCUCCUGUGGCCAUCUAGACAUGGCCCAUCAUCUGUUUGAUGGAAUGCCCUCAAAAGAUUUUAAGUCCUGGGCCACCAUCAUAGUUGCUUAUCUUAACAGAGAUGAUUAUGAGGAAGCCAUGAAUUUGUUCCUGAGAAUGCUGCACCAUGUCAGCAUGCUAGAAUUCCCUGCUUGGAUCACGGUCUGCCUGCUCAGGUCAUGUAUAUGCACGAGUAAUAUGGAAUUGGGGAAACAAGUGCAUGGCUGCUCCUUAAAGUUGGGUCAUGCUAAUAAUUUGGUUCUGGCUAGUUCCUUGAUAAACUUUUAUGGGACAUUUAGGUGUCUGGAAAGCGCCGACAUAGUGUUUAAUCAACUGGCCCAUCAUAAUUCACUGACAUGGAUGGCUAGACUGAUCAACAACUCCAGGGAAGAGCUCUUCUCUGAAGUAUUUAGAGACUUUAGGGAAAUUGGAAAGUCAGGAAUUAAGAAGAAUGCCUUGAUGUUUUCUAGUGUUUUGAAGGCAUGUGCGAGAAUGCAUGAUCGUGGGCAAUGCGGUCGACAAGUUCAUGCAAACGCCAUCAAACUUGGAUUAGAUACAGACGUGUAUGUGCAGUGUGGGUUGGUUGACAUGUAUGGAAGAAGUAGGCUUGUUAGAGAUGCAAAAAGGGUGUUUGAAAUGUGCAGUGACAAAAGUAGUAACGCAUGUUGGAAUGCCGUGAUUGGUGGUUAUAUACGAAAUGGGUCAUAUGUUGAGGCCAUUAAGUUCCUCUAUGAGAUGAAGGCAACUGGACUGCAGCUGCAACCAUCUCUGCUAGAUGAACUGAGGAUUGCUUGUGGUGGUAAUACUCAUUCCCUUGAAGAACUUUACCCCACAUUGAAUGCUUAA